UGGGGUCAGUUUUGUUUCCCCGGAUCCGCCAUUUCAUUUUUUGAAGUUACUUGUGGCAAGUUACAAGGUUUUAUUCAAAAUUGUAUUGUUUUACAACUGGGUUGGGUAAGUUAUAAUCGACAUAUCAUUUCAAUCAGGCGAUCAGACACGUUUUGUACGAGGACCGGCUUGUGGAUUUUAAAUUGAUGGGCAUAAGCAAGUUGCGAAUGUCGCCUAUUUUCCAAACGUGUUCUCCGCGCUAAAGUUUUUGUAUGAGUUGAAUGCUGUUUGAGGAUAAGGGGAGGCAAAGGGAAGGCCCGUGAAGCCUCGACUUUGGAGUGGGAGUCAUGGCCGGAAAUUUUGACGCAGAGGACCGUGCAAGUUGGUACUGGGGUAGAUUAAGUAGACAGGAGGCAGUUUCACUUUUACAAGGACAGAGACACGGAGUGUUUUUGGUGAGAGACUCAAUUACAAGUCCAGGCGACUACGUGCUGUCAGUUUCAGAGAAUUCCAAAGUCUCGCAUUACAUAAUCAACAGCAUCAGCAACAACCGGCAGUCUGGCGCAGGCCAGGCGCCUCCACAGUUCCGCAUAGGGGACCAGGAGUUUGACGCCCUCCACUCGCUGCUGGAGUUCUACAAGAUCCACUACCUGGACACCACCACUCUGAUAGAGCCCAUCAACAAGGCCAAACACUCUUUCUUGGUCAGCGCAGGUGGUGGCGGCCCGCCGCAGCGGCUGGAGAACGAGUAUGUCCGUGCCGUCUUUGAUUUCCCAGGCAACGACGAUGAGGACCUUCCUUUCAGAAAGGGCGACAUCCUGCGGGUUCUGGAGAAGCCUGAGGAGCAGUGGUGGAAUGCUCAGAAUUUAGAGGGGCGUGCCGGGAUGAUCCCUGUGCCCUACGUGGAGAAGUACCGACCGGCCUCUCCCACCUCGGGGGGCCCUGGAGCAGGGGGUCCCGGUGGGGUGGGCUCUGUAGAUGGCUCCAGUGUUCAGGGCCCUCCUCUGCUAGACCCGAGCCAGUACGCCCAGCCCACACCUCUGCCCAACCUGCAGAACGGACCCGUCUUUGCCAGGGCCAUCCAGAAGAGGGUGCCCAAUGCCUACGACAAGACCGCCCUUGCCUUAGAGGUGGGCGACAUGGUGAAGGUGACAAAGAUCAACGUGAACGGCCAGUGGGAGGGCGAGUGCAAGGGCAAGCGCGGCCACUUCCCCUUCACCCACGUUAAGCUGCUGGACCAUAAUAACCCCGAGGACGAGAAAUGGUGGAGUCCAUGAAGAGAGUGGCCGGGUUGGAUGUGGAACUAACAGUCGAGGAGCGAAACCUACUUUCAGUGGCCUACAAAAAUGUCAUUGGGGCGAGGAGAGCAUCAUGGAGGAUAAUCAGCAGUAUUGAACAAAGGGAAGAAAACAAGGGCGGAGAAGACAAAUUGAAAAUGAUCCGGGAAUACAGGCAAACGGUUGAGAACGAGCUGAAGUCGAUCUGUAAUGACAUUCUUGAUGUACUGGACAAGCACCUUAUUCCAGCUGCUAACACGGGAGAGUCCAAGGUCUUCUACUACAAAAUGAAAGGCGAUUACCACAGGUAUCUGGCUGAGUUUGCUACCGGGAACGACCGGAAGGAGGCUGCGGAGAACAGUUUGGUUGCCUACAAAGCUGCUAGCGACAUCGCCAUGAUCGAACUGCCACCGACACACCCCAUUCGCCUAGGCCUCGCUCUUAACUUCUCCGUAUUUUACUAUGAAAUCCUCAAUUCACCCGACCGCGCGUGCAGGUUGGCGAAGGCUGCGUUCGAUGAUGCCAUCGCAGAGCUGGACACGCUGAGCGAAGAAAGCUACAAGGACUCCACACUAAUCAUGCAGUUGUUACGUGACAACCUGACACUAUGGACUUCAGACAUGCAGGGAGAUGGUGAAGAACAGAACAAAGAGGCGCUGCAAGAUGUGGAGGAUGAGCCCCAGUGAGACAUUACAGCCAACCUGAGACCCCACCCACCCCACCCCCACACACAAACUGUGGCCGCCACGCCCAAGUGACCGCGGCUCUCAGCAGCUCUCUGACCACAUGGUCUUAGAAAUAAUCAGUCAUUGUUAUUAUUGUUUUUGGUUUUGUUUUUUUGCCCUUUAAUUCAAUUCAAAUAUAAAUACCACUUAAUUGAGACAAUAAAUACAAUUUUGGAAAGGCAAAGAGUCCCUGGUUUAUUUUUAUUUUUCUCGGUACACGCGGUUCUGAAAAAAAUCUUUGUUUUCAUUAUUGUAUUGUUUUAAUUUAGUUUUGUUUAUGAUCUUUCCUCAAUAUUUUAUCAGUUGCUGGAUGUAUUUUGAGAUUUUUUUUUUCUUAAUGUAAUUACAGAAAUUAACUUUUAUUACUGAUAUGUCUAUUAGUUGUGGGAGCUGUACUAUUUCUGUUAGUGAGAGAUGCAAAUCAUUAAUCCUUUUUAAGGACAAGUCUAAACAAAGUCCUCUUUCGUGAACCUAGUUUAUCAGAGGAAGUUGGCAAAAUUCUUGAUAUCCACGUGGAGCAAAAUGCUUAACUUUUACACCAUAGUGAUUCUAUUGUGAUGUUUUGGAUUGUAUGUUGUGCUAAAAUACUGUAUUGCGAAUACUUGCUGAUUUCAGAUGAGGGCUGGUAGCCGUAAAAAUCAGAGGAAGCCAUGCGUUAACAGACAGUUCUCGACUGGCUUCUGUUGCAAGAUGACAGGGUUCUAAAUAGAUGAUUUCAAGCCUGCAUGAGUUCAUUAAUUUUCUGCCUCUUUCCCCUCCUUUUAUAUAGCUCAAUGUUUUCCUUUUCUUUCAGCUUCAUUAUGUGUAACUUACAGCUAAUUUGUACUACUGGAUAUCUGACUGGAGCCACAAUCUGUAUUGUUCUUACUGAAACACAGCAUGGAAUUAACAUUAAACAAUCUAAAUUAAACAUA